AAACAAAUUGCAUGAAUAAAUCCCUCACACACACUCUCUCUCUGCACGUGUAGCAAAUGCAGUGCCGGAUUUAUGCUGAACAAGCUAUAGCUUAGGGCCCCAUUCUCUUGCCCCCCCCAAAAAAAAAUGUAAAGGAAAAAUAACCUGGAUGUACAUUUCCAAAAUAUAAGAUGAAAAACAAAUAAAAUAAAACCUACAUACAGCAGCAGUGUUUUGUGUUGUGUAGGCUCCUAUGAUGUAAGUCAUGGGCCCUGCCUGCUCGCCUGCUCCCUAAAAUAUCACUUAGAAAGGGUCCCAUUACCUUCAGUAGCGUAAAGGUAAAGGGACCCCUGACCAAUAGGUCCAGUCGUGACCGACUCUGGGGUUGCAGCGCACAUCUUGCUUUACUGGCUGACGGAGCCGGCAUACAACUUCCGGGUGAUGUGGCCAGCAUGACUAAGCCGCUUCUGGCGAACCAGAGCAGCACAUGGAAACGCCGUUUACCUUCCUGCCAGAGCGGUACCUAUUUAUCUACUUGCACUGGUGUGCUUUUGUACUGCUAGGUUGGCAGGAGCAGGGACCGAGCAACGGGAGCUCACCUCGUUGCGGGGAUUCAAACAGCUGACCUUCUGAUCAGCAAGUCCUAGGCUCUGUAGGGCCUCCUCAAACCUAAAUCCGGCCCUGGGUGAAGGUUGUGAAACAAAUUGCAUGAUAAAUCCCUCACACACACACUCUGCACGUGUAGCAAAUGCAGUGCCGGAUUUAUGCUAAACAAGCUACAGUUUAGGGCCCCACUCUCUUGGGGGCCCCCAAAAAAUUUAAAGGAAAAAACACACCUGAAUGUACAUUUCCAAACUAUAAGAUAAACUUCUUAAUUGUAUUUCAGUUCAACAAUUACUCUGAUAAAAUACAUAUUUUGUUAUGUGCAAAUGGCUUUCGAUACCUAUCAGGUCCGCAAAUUACCAGAUAUACUCAACACAAAAAACACAAAAAACAAUGACAAUUCGUUUUUGAAAAAGGACAGCUGGGUAUAUAAAGGGCCCCAUUACUUUCAGUAGCUCAUGGGUUGGUUUACAGUAUCAAGGCAAAGCUAUGGAAAGGGUAUUUAGAUAGUUUUGAACUGUAGGUGGGGAAAGAGUGGCUUAAAAUGGGGGGAAAAAGUAUUGGUUUAAGGUGUAGCUCAGCUUGUUCUGGAUAAAGUGUGUGUAGAAAUCCAGUUUUGAGGAGGAAUCCUGUUGCUGCAGAACUGCUGAUGUUUGGAAGGAAAGGGCGGGCAAGCAAUGAGUUGCCCCCAUGAGUUCUCCUGUGGAGGAUGUCCAUGAUCCUCUUUGCCUGCGUGGUUCGGGUGAGGGAUGGACUUCCACUCUCUGCCUCCACGGACUUCCACCUAGACCAGGACUUCUUGGAAUGCAGGAAGAGGCUCAAGACCUUGUCAUCCAUUCUGACACAGUAUCCAGAGCGUGGGACAGCCAAAGAACGUGACCUCAGUAUACACUUUCAUUCUUCUGGAGACGUGGCCUGCAUGGGGAUUUGCACCAGCAGUUUCCCAGCUGCCAUGGCGUUCUGCUUUCUGGAAGAGCUCCAGUGGGAGUUUGCCACUACCUAUGAUGCCACCAGUGUGGGCCUGGCUUCCAGACCGUAUGCUUUUCUAGAAUUUGACAAUGUCAUUCAAAAAGUCAAAGGCCGUUUCAAUUACACCAACUGCGCACAGACGAAGUUCAACUUGGAAAAGAUCCAGGAAGAGCUCCUCUUGCGGCCUCCUGCACUUGUGAAGUUGGAAGAUGCGGAGCUGAGGAACGGGAUUGUGAACGGCCACACGGAGCUCCACAUGGAAUCUGGUCCUGCUCACAGAAUGCAACCUGUGUCUGCUUUGGGAAUCUUAUCUCUUGUUCUCAACAUAAUGUGUGGAGCACUGAAUCUCAUCCGAGGCGUUCACCUGGCAGAGUAUUCAUUUCAGGAAGACCGCAAAGGAAUUGGAAAUGUGAUAGCAUUUCUCCUGCCCUUUGUAGCCUGCUUUUUGUUGUGCUGCCUUUACCUAUUCUACAGUUCAGCCAGGAAGAUAAAGGUCUUUGUACUUUUCGUCACAAUCUGUCUAUGCAACAUCUACCUGUAUGGGUUAAGGAACAUCUGGCAGAUACUUUUCCACCUAGGAGUGGCUUCCCUUUCUUCCCAUCAGAUACUGACACGGCAAGUUGUGGAGAAACCGCCAGACUUUGGAGUAUGAAAACGAUCGUGGAAUACCAGCUGCGGGUUGUUGUUUUUUUAAAAAAAUGUUUGGUUUGGGAAAGGGGGUGUUUAACGCUGGUCAAAACCAGCUUGUGUAAAAUGGCGAGGGUUUCUUUUGUCACCCAGCCUUUCCCAGAAGAAUGGGUUUUAGCCCACUGUUGUGUGUUUAUAGAAGCUCAAGGAAACAGGCAUACACUGUGUCCAACUCAAGGCAGGGUCCUUUGAGCACCAUUCCUUUUCAGAUCAACGCACAUAAUCUAAAGAAUGAUCUGGAUGCCCUUGCCGGAGUGAAGCAGAGCCGAGGGCCUGAUAGGUCCUUCCUGUUCUGGGAUUCCGGGAGAAAGAUAGGCUGCAGUUUCCAGCAACCAUAAAACAAAUAAUCUGAUCUGUGGUGUCCUGCAAGCAGAGAGGAGGAGAGCUCUAGACAACCCCAGAACAUCAGUCCAUGCCCCACUGGCGAAGGCAAGCCGUACAGGGAUGGUGAUUGUUGCUUUCACGCUGAAACCCCCCCUAAAUACGUUCCAGUCAGUCAAAUACCCACACGGCACCACAAAGGCCAGGCUUUCGACUCCCACUAGUUUUAAGGCACAGGUAGAGCUAAUAGAAUGGUUUGUGGCUUUUUUAUGGCAAAGAUGGCUUUAAAUGGUAGGCAGCUUAUUGUGACUACACUAGGGGAGUAGCAACUGAUAUAAUCUCGAAUGCAGAUUAUAGAUGCCGUUUGCAUGCAUUUAGAUUAAUAGUAAUGAACGAGUUGUUGGGCAAAUGCUUUGUAUGUAUUAGAGGUAACAGGAGGAAAAGGCUAAAGAGCUGAAUAGGAGGUUUAUCAGUAGAAGGUGGUCCAUUGGGGCAAAUAGGCACUGCCCACCAGCCCAGGUGUGCUCUCAGCCAGGCCCCACCUGCCUGCUUUCUUGCUCGCAAGCUGUCCAGAAACUGGCUCUGUCAGCUUCCUCCUCCUCCUCCUCCUCUUUCGUCUCAGUGUUGCUCUUGUGUAACUCAACAGGAAGGAGGAUAGGGGCAAAAAUAGAGUUGAUUGGUUCUGCCUGUCAUUGGCUCUGGCGCCACCUGCUGUUGGGCUCCCUGCCUUCUGCCCUACCAGUCCCAACAUGCACCACCCAUCAGUAGUGCUGAUGUUCCUUUGCGAAUCGUCCAGGCGGACGUUCCUUGCACAUCCUAUUCAGCACUUUUUCUUCCUGGCCUGUGUGUUGUUUGUACAAAGGCACUGGAGGUAGAACAGGGUAAAAAAAAAGAGGUCCGUUGGCAGAACAGACAAGUGGGAGAUAUCAGUACUAGGCAUUGUCUCACUGAUGGGGAUCAUUUGCUCCCUAUGCAGAUAAAAACAUUUCAGCUUAACUGGACAGCUUUUAAAUAGCAACCAGGGUGCAAGUUGUCUGCCAGCAACAGCACUGGUUUAGGGUGGCCUCUGGCAACUGGUGCAUCUGUUGUGAUUCUUAAAGAGUUCUAGCUUUCACUUAAAUAAACGAAAAUGUUUCUAGUCGUGUGGGCUAAGGAAAUGAGACUAAAAAGAGAGAGAGAUAGUCUUCUGACAAGUCUAUAGAGAAGGGAAACAAGCCUGGACUCCAGUUCCAGCUUCUCUGCCUUCCUGUCUUGCAGCCCACACCUUUUAAAAAGAAAAAGCAACUUGCUCUAUGGCAGGGGCUCCCAAUAGCCUCCCUAAUGCAGCUUUCCGUGUGCAGAAAAUUUCCCGAAGGAACUUUCAAUCUCCCUUUCAUGGUCCGCCCUGAUACAAUUCAGGCACAUUUAUUAACUUUUGUAAGAAUAUAUGAUUCAUAUUAAUGGAAGCUAUUGCCCUGUAACUGAGACUAGAGCAGGUUCUCUCUCUCCUGAUACUCUUAUUGCAGCUCAUUGGAUGUAUUUAAGAUUUGUGAACAGAGUUUAAUUUAAGAGCAUGCACUUUUGAAAGUAGUAACUAGAACCUGUGCUCCUCUCAGCCUCUGCUGCACUGUACAGUCCGGUAUUUAAUGUGUAGAAAUAUACCAGCGUUUACACCAUUUGUGAACCCUUUUUGAUAACUUUUGGAACAAAGUUUGUCGUGUAAAGUUUUGAUGCAGUUUUUCUCGGUGAUGGAUUAAGAUGUUUUACAGGACAA